AUGGCUACCGAAUUGCUUUCAGACGAAGACCCAGUUCGUCGGCGCCGAUUGCAGGACAGCACGACACCCAUCAUUUACACACCGUUGAUCCCUGCAGAAGCUCAGAUCCGCUUGCUCACACUCCAUCCGGGUCCAUUCGACGAGGACAUACGAUGCUCUCUCAAUACGGCCUCAUUGAAAAGCGUUCUCCAGUACGAGGCCCUGUCGUACGUCUGGGGCGACCCCGCAGACACUCUGCCUGUUGUCGUAGAUGGCAGCGAAAUACAAGUGACGACCAAUCUAGAAGCUGCGCUCAGACACCUCAGGUGGCAAGAAAAAGCACGCACGCUUUGGGCAGACGCCAUUUGCAUUAACCAAAACGAUACUGAAGAGAAAACCGUACAAGUGCCGAUGAUGGGUGACAUCUAUCGACAAGCAACGUCCGUCGUCGUUUGGCUUGGGCACGGCUUGGAACACGUGGAUGUUGCCGUCAGAUGGGCGCAGCUAUACCUUUGGAAGCAGGAACGCGAGACACCACCAGGAUCGGAAGCCAAUGUUCCCGAUACCCAAUUGACCUUGGUUGGAUUUUGCAACUCUCGUCCUUGGUUUCAUCCCCUUGCUCAAGCACCACUAUUGGCAUCGUAUGUGGACAUACCAAGAAUUUUUAUUGGCUACAAAGAUGCCUUUUUCAAGGUCGUGUCAAAUAAAAUGGCCGCCUUCAGUGCCAAUCCUGAUCUUGAAUCUUUAGCGGAGCAAAAUCAACAACUCUUCACAACUAUGACUAGGGAAUAUUAUAAGCACGUUGCUCAAGAUCGGACAGCCUGGUCAUGUCUCUACGACAUGAUCAUGCACAACAGAAACCAAGCCACUACGACGGAAAAUUUCCCCAGGCUGCUUGUUGGCUCCGUUGGAAAAGGGUGUUCCGAACCUAGAGACAGGAUGUAUGCCCUUUAUGGCCUCUGCCCUAAUCAUUCUUCGGCGCUUCCCGUCGAUUAUAAGAAGACACAGAGACAAGUCAUUCUGGAAACAAUCACUCAUAUUACAAGCUCACGGUUUCUGUACUUUCUUUGGACCUAUCUCGAGUUUCAUGCCGACAGAUUUGUGCGUCCCCAGAAACUUCCUUCGUGGACUCCGGACUUCGACCGUAGGCAAGAAUUUAUCAACGCCAAGAUGAACGGCAAACACGGUCUUAGAUUCGUCGAUCGGAGAAUCGAGGCUGACCACAUAUCUCCUGACUUGACCACUUUGCAUCUAUGGGCGCGAAAUCUAGGGUACUGCAAGAUUUUGCGGCGGCUCAGCGAUCCUGGCCCCGUGACUAAGAUUCCAGGGCAGAAGGCGGACAUCACUUUCGAGUUUGCUGCCUUCAUAAAGGACUUAAGGGAUAAUGAGCCCAGUCCGACGGGACACGAGCUGUGUCAAAGGUUCGCCCGACGUGCAGUCAUCGAUAAUGAGGGCCAUGAGCAAACCUCUGAUGACGAUCUAGUCGAGGCGUUCAAGGCCGUUCAUUCGGACCCAAGCUUAGCUCAUCGCGGACAAAAUGGAGAAUUCAAGAGCAGAGCAUUGGAAUUAGUCUCUCGUAGCAGAUCUUGCCUUCGCGGUGUAGCUUGUAUUGUCACCUCCAACGGCUGCGUAGGGUUUUCCCCGUACGACACCGAAGACGAUGAUCUUGUCGUGGUCCCGCGUUUCCCGAAUCCUUUGAUGGUCCUGAGGAAGGAGUUUGCCGACCCGAAUCAAGGCGGCCGACACUCUUAUCUCAUGGUAGGCGUCGCGAAUGUGGAUGUGGAUGCGGUCGGCGUGGCGGAAAGUCAUGGUGUCGAUGUAGUAGAGUAUCUUGUCCGCUGA